CUUUCCAGGAAGCGCAGAUAAUUUGCGCCUCUGAAUUUGUAAACUCUGUGGUCGUAACUUAAAGCUGUAAUGACGGAUAUUUGGUCUGACACUCCCUACUCAAAAAACGUUGGUGUAAAUUGUGCUGAACACGUUAUUACUAUGGAUCUGAAGUGAGAUUGCGCGACAUCUCUGACAGUUUGGCGAGAGAUGAUGUAAAGAUGGCAGCUGUGAGAGCCAAGUCAUUUCGUCGCCAAGGAAGUCUCAUGCGAAGCAAAUCUGAGGGGACAUUGAUUGAUCUAGAUGACAAUGAAGCACUGCACACCAACAAUUUAAAUGGGAGUAACAUAAUAAAUCAGGCUACAAAACAUUCUGAGUGGCCUGUGUUACAACCGGAGGUCAAACACGAAAGUGAAAUCACAAAUCCAUUCUGGAGAAAAUUGUCUGGAUCCAAUCCAUUUUUAGAUGACAUUGUUCACACAAACGACACAACUUUAAGUGAUGCCGACAUAUCAAUACAGAAAGACGAGCCUUCCAAUCUGUUGGACAGUAAGCACUUUGACACCAGUAGCACAUCUUCUGAUGAAAACAAUUUUGGCCAUUUUGCUGACACAAAACGAAAGAGCAUAAGACAAUCAGGAAGAUGGAGGAGUGCCUCAGAUAUUCUCAGCGACCUGGAGAGAAAGGAGCCGAAAAGGGAGAAUAGCCUCAAAGCCUUGACAGGCCCGCUUCUGAACCCUGAUUUUGAGUGGUUGAAAAAUGACCGGGAGGCUUAUAAAAUGGCCUGGUUGAGUCAUAGACAGCUAGCAAGGUCAUGUCUGGACCUUGGCCUGAUGAGUCAGAGUCCUGGAUGGGCCCAGACCCAAGCCACUGAUUCUCAGAUAGUCUGCAAGAUAGGUCACAGUGGAGGGUCUCUGCAAUUACCUGACUCAGAUAUUACGGCCCAUAUCCCAGAAGGCCAUGUUCCAGUUGGCGAGGUUCAGGAACUUACACUGAAAGCCAUCCUGGAGCCCCCACAUGGGCUCAACAGCAAUUACACCACAACCGUGAGUCCACUUGUGGAAGUGAGUCUCAGUAACAUCAACUGUAAGGAAUCAAUCACGCUGGAAAUUAAAAUGGCGGCCGAGGUCAAGAAGGAUCCAGUAAGUCAGGUCAUGACCACCAUUGUGGGACUGGUGUCCAACAGGAAAGAGGGACCUUAUCAGACAGUUAAAGACUGUUACGUUUACAAGAACAUCAUGCAGAUGAAGCUUCAAGACUUGAAGUCCAGUAUCUAUGUUAUUGUAGCUGCAGAGGCCUUGGUUAUCCAGCCCCCGGCUACUUCUGUUUGGGACUACCUGGAUCGUGACGUCACCGUUGCCGUUUACGGCCCAAAGCACAUCCAUCCAUCUUUCAAAGUUGUUGUGGUCGUCUCUUGCCACAGUAACGUUCCACCGAGGCUUCCUUUCUCAGAUAUCCACAGGGGUAGUAGAAACCUUCCCCCUCUGGUACUAGAGCUCUGGGGAAAACACCAGUUUAGCCCAGAGAGGCUACAUGAACUGCACAUCACAACGAGUGUCAUGGAGUCAAACUUUGAGGUCAAAGCAGAGGAUAAAAGAAAAGACGUGAGAGAGGGGCUUCUCAAACUCGGUAAAGUCCUUCAGCUGCCCCUUGAGCUCUCCAAGAUGGGCAGUGGGGGGAUUUCUUCCUUUAAACUGAGCCUGCAGGUGAGGGAUUCCCACAACGUUACCGUAGCUGAGUUCCAGGUGUCUUCUCCUGAGGCAGCACCCGUUCGGUCAGAAAAGCGAGGUCCCAGUCGACUAGAACGGCAAAAUGUAAUCUGUAAAUCUCUUUCUAUACCGGAGGAAACGGUCCCAGAGUUUCCCAAAUUCCGUACUAGACCUGUGAAGGUUCCAUGUUACGGGGUGGCACUGAAGUCUGUGCUCCGUCAACCGCGGGUGGAAUACCUUUUGGAAUACUUCAAGGGUGACACUGUGGCUCUCCUCACUAAAGAGACCGUGAGGUCGAUCGGCCAAUCCAAGGUCAAAGAGUGGUACAUUGGCUUCCUCCGAGGCAGGGUCGGCUUGAUCCAUUGCAAGAACUUCAAGCUCAUCACCCGGGACCAAGUGAUCGACUUCACCGGCCUCAGCAUCACCACAGAGACCCUCUUGGACAAUAUUGUCCUGCCAUUCAAGAAGCUCACCUACAUGUACUCGGCUAUGCAGACGCUUGUGACGGAACAUAUACACAGCUGGAGGGGCUUUGCUGACGCCCUGGGCUACUCCAGCUUGUCGCUGGACACGAUCACACGAAGACAUGCUGAGACGGAGGCAGAGAAGGUGGCCUGUGUGCUGGAGACGCUGAAGGAAGACUGCCACGCUGAGAAGAGCCGGAAGAAAUUCCAGCAUGAGCUUAUUAUUGGUCUGUUGAAGAUUGAUUCUCAGAGUCUUGUGGCUCAUGUGAUUCAGAACACGGUGAUCCUGUCAACGGCCGUGGAGCUGGGUAGCAGAUGGAGGGAACUCGCUGAAAGGCUGGGAAAACUCUCCAGUUCUCAGAUCGCUGGCUAUGAAGCUCCACACAAGGGGAAGAACGGAGAAGUUAGCGCCACGUCCAUGUGGAAACCUGCCUAUGACUUCCUGUAUGCGUGGAGCCAGCAGUACGGGGAUGGCAACCGGGGCAUGAUCCAGGACCUCCACCUUGCUCUCGACAAGAUGAAGGGCCCAGUCACCAGACACUGGAGGCAGCUAACAGGGGCGCUCAUCACAGUCAACUGUCUGGAAAUCCUGAGGGUCUCUGCCUUCCCUAAAUAAUAGAACCACAUUGAGGAGUUUUCAGUUCAGGAAGAACUGUGAUGCUGAGGCCAUUUGAAAAAGAUUACUAUGCAGCUCGCACCAUCUUUGAAUGGAGAUUAAUGAAGACUUUUAUGUUUUCUUUGUUCCUUCUUAAAAUGAAGUUAAUUCCGUAAGCAAUAGUUCUCGUAAUGUUUUAAUAGUUUUUUUUAAUCGUGUCCUGAUGCUUGCACUAUUGUUUUGUUAAAAAAGAGAGACCUAAUGUAUGGACUGAUGACAUUACAACGAAUUCAAACAAACACAGUAAACAGUUACUCUCAGUUAUAUUAAUCAUACUUGUCUCUGGAUUCUUUUUUUUUUUUAAAGGAUUAAUUUGGAUAAUUUCUCAGACAAAUUAUUUGCUUCCAUUGAGAUUUUCUUAAGACUAAAACACCCUUUUGUUACUUUAGAGUUACCUGUUUGACACUGACAUUUUUCAUUGUCCUCAUUUACUUUAUGUAGUAUGAAUGUGGACUAGUCUCUCCCAGUUGCCCUCAAAAUUUCGUACACAUUUUUAAACCGUUUUUAAAUGGUGUGGUGUUUCAUGAAAUACCGUUGGGUUUUCAUUACAUUUUUGAUUUAGUAAUUACACUGUAGAUAUAAUCUGAUUCUCACCUAUCGAUGUUCAGACGAUUAAAAAAUCUGUGAAUUCUAGAUUUGUUUUACACAGUCGUUGUUUCAUGAUCUUACAUCUUACAGUUUUUCAAUCACUUUAGCUAAUUUUUCAAAAGUCUUAACGUUCUCUAAACUGUAAGUGCAAUCCUCACAAUUGUUUCAUGGGACAUCACAACUCUACGGCAUGUCUGCAAAAUGUAGUAACUCACCCAGAAUAAUUCAUUCAAGCUAGUUAUUGUGUAAGUAAAUUGGCCAGUGCCGCCAAAAUGAAAAGGUUUUUUUUGUCAUUGUAAGCCGGACUGAUCAAAAUGUUUCAAUGUUUUUUUCACCAUGGCAGUCAACACUGGAAAUAUUUGUUAUGAAUACAUUUCUGUUUUGUUCUA